ACAUAUACAUAUGUGUAUAUGUAUAUGUAUAUGUGUAUAUAUACAUUGAUAUGUAUAUUAUAUAUGUAUGUGUGUUUACAUUUCUGCAUACUUGCUACGGUAAUGACUGCUAGAAUAAAAAUAGAAUUAAUCAGUGAUGAUGAAACACUGAUUAAUUCUAUUUUUAUUUUAAAACAUUCAAUCAUUUGAUAAAAAAUUCGACAAAACAUCAACUUUGACAUUUUAUUGUUCGCCUUUAUCUCGGCUUCCGCGCGCAUCUACAUAUAUGUAUAGUAAGCAGUGACUGCUCACAUACGUAAUAUAACUUGAGCAGAGAGAAGAAAAAAUUGCAAAAAAUUGUAUAUUUCCUUAAAUAAUGUAUGUGAUUAGAAACCAAAUAUAUAAUACUAUGUGAGUAGAAACUAAAAACUACACAUUGUAAGUGUAAAAACCAAAAUCUAUUACUCUGUUUUGUGUUUCACAUUUAACUUCUUCCAAAGCCGCGACCGCUCAAUUGAGAAAUCAGUAUUUGCUUGCUAAUAUUAUCGUCUCAUUGUUUUAUGUUCUUGUAAAACAAAAACCAAUUGACUAUAUCAAGCUUCACCCGUUUGCUUAACGAGCGACUUUGUGCUAUUUUAUUUUGUCAAUUACCGGAACUGAAGAAGCUGUGGGUUGUAGGUAUGCGCUCAUUUAACCGGACGCCUGCUUGAAGCGCCAAUUAUUCGGAUGUCUUAAUCAGUGCGUUAUUCGUUGCGUCAAUGUCAGAGAUAUAUAUAUUAAUAUUUACGGUGGUAGGAAAGGGCGCUCAUAUAAUGACGUAACGUGUACAGGAUGUUUAGAAAUGCGCGAGAAAUAAAUUAUUUUUAUGUAAUUAGUUCACAAAUUAAUUGCAAAUUGUAAGGUAGUUGCACUUUUGUAGGUACUGUAGAUAGUUUUCACGCGAAAUUAUUAUAAGAGUGUGAAAGGUAACGUUGAUUAAUAAAUAAUUAAAUAUAAUAAAAUUAAUAAAUUCGCGUACGUAUCGAGAUUGGACCAUCUUUUCAAGAAGAAAUAUUGCGCGCAAAAUAUAUUAAUUAUAAAAUUAAAAAAAAAAAACAUCCUCGUAUAUGUUUACAGAAACUGCUAAAUGUAUCACUGUUUCAGCAAAUAAAUCAUCUUAAUUACAUAAAUUUGAGAUUUUAUGAUUUAAUUAUAACUUUACGAAGUUUUAUUGAUUUUUAUUUUUAGAUAUCUAAAAAAGAGAUUUUCAAUCUGUAUUCUGUGUGGGCGAGAGUUAUCCGUGACACGCGUCGCUUUACCAGGAUAACUCUCGAAUAAAAGUGCGACCGUGUAAAACAGGACACCGCGCGGAAGUGCCUUUGCGCACUUGCGUUACCACAUUUCCUAAAUUCUACGCGUUCGUGAGCCGCGAGAAAUUAAACAAGUGAAGAAAAUAUAGGACGUAAGAUGAGAAGCCAACCCAGUUUAUAACAAACGUUAUCUUCGUCACCGCCGCAGCGAUUAGUGUACCUUCCCUUCCCUUUUACGUGAUCCAUUCAUGAGAUGCGCAUCUUUGUGGGUGGACUAUAUAAACGUGUUUGUGUCUUCCCUUUGUGCUUCUGUGUUUCGCAGGAGUUCGUUGAUACAUAUCGCGGCAUAUUGACAAUAAUAAUGCUUUUCUUCUUUUGUAUGUUCGCGUUGAAUACCGUCAACGAGUGACGCGCGAGAAAAAAAAAACAAGAAGAGACGCGAACGUGUUGUGAAGUUCGUUCUUUUUUUUUUUUUUUUCCAAAAAAAAGAGAUUAUCAAAAACGAUUUUCGCAACAAUGGUGUGUUCAACGGUAAUUUGGAAUAGCAUGCUUGUGUUAUGCUUUGCUUUGUUGUUCAAAAUCGCAUCGGGUUUGUAUGAAACGGCGCCGCACAUAAUAGUCUUCAUUGCUGACGAUUUGGGAUGGAACGACGUCAGUUUUCACGGCUCGAAUCAGAUACUAACUCCGAAUAUAGACGCUCUGGGAUACAACGGAAUUAUAUUAAACAGGCAUUACGUCCUGCCGUCCAGUAGCGCUUCCAGAUCCGCCUUCUUUACCGGACAGUAUCCGAUUCGUCUAGGUAUGCAGGGAAGAGGUAUAGACGGUGGCGAGCCUAGGGGACUUCCUCUCAACGUGAGGAUUCUACCGGAAUACUUGCGAGAUCUGGGUUACAUGACAAAACUGAUCGGGAAGUGGCACGUGGGCUAUCACACUCCGCUGCACAUCCCUCAGCAUCGGGGUUUUGAUUUGGUUCUCGGAUUUUACAACAGUCACAUAUCGUAUUAUGAUUACAAAUACACGUAUAAGAAUAUGAGCGGAUACGACAUGCAUCGCGGCGAUACGCCGGCCUACGAUAUAACCGCUAAGAAAUACGUGACGGAUCUUUUCACCGACGAGGCGUUACAAAUCAUUCAGGAUCAUCAACCGUAUCGACCGCUCUAUCUUCAGAUUUCGCACCUCGCUGUUCACGCGCCCAUCGAGAGUCCGCGCGAGUACGAUUACGAUCGUGAUAAGCAGUUUAUGCACAUCAGAGAUCCGAAUCGUCGCAAGUACGCUAGAAUGGUAUCGCGACUAGACGAUUCCGUCGGACGAAUCGUUCACGCUCUGGGUGACAAGGGAAUGCUGAAGAAUUCGUUGGUUCUCUUUCUCACCGAUAACGGCGCAGCGCCUAUUGGCAAAGACAUCAAUUACGGUUCUAAUUACCCUCUACGAGGUAUGAAAUACACUUUGUACGAGGGUGGUGUGAGAGGAGUUGCCGUGCUGUGGUCACCGAGACUGAACAAAGCGGCGCGCGUAUGCGACAAUCUGAUACACAUAACCGACUGGUUACCAACCCUCUAUUUCGCCGCUGGGGGUGAUCUUCGAGACUUGGGAACGAUCGAUGGGGUCAAUCAGUGGAACAUGCUAAGCGAGGCUGGUAAAAGUACCCGCGACAAGUUGCUGCUGAACAUUGACGAGGUCACGAAAACCGAAGGCGCUAUAUAUAAACAGUUCAAACUUGUUCGGGGAUCGAUCGAGGGCGGUCGUUACGACGCGUAUCACUCCGACCAUCACAAAUACGAGAGACUCAUGCCGCAGAUGUAUUCAAAGAAUUACGACAGAAAAAGCGUCGAAGAAGAAAACGUGCCGACCUACACCGACAUCGUUCUGAAGAGCGCGGUGUCGCAGAGCAUCACGUUUCAUCUGGGUGGUCCGGUCACUCAACCCAGCACCAUGACUCGAUUGAGAAGCGAAGCUACGGUCUAUUGUCAGCCCAAUAUCACUAAUUAUCAUUACGAAGACACCUUCGUCACGUGCAACGUCACCGAGUGUCUCUUUGACGUCAAUAACGAUCCCUGCGAGACGAAGAACAUCGCCGAGCUGUAUCCGAGGAUGGCUCAGGAACUGGACCGAUUUCUAGAAACGUACGGGCGCAACGUUACGAGGCAGAUCAAAGUUCCGGUGGACUGGAUAGCGGAUCCGAGAAGGUCAAACAACACCUGGGAGCCGUGGAUCACGCAGGAUGAUACGUUGUACAUGUACAACGCAACGACCUGUCUGGUUUUAGCGUACUACAUUCAUAUCGGGAUCGUCCUCGCGACGAUUACAUAUAACGCUUUUAUCUGAGAAAUUAGAAUGUAAACGCGCAUGCAUUAAACAACUGAUACCGCAAUCUUGAACGAUUUAUUAGCUCGUGAAACUAGUUUCUAUGUAAGUAUCACGAAGUAAUAAAACACUUCCACUCUC